GGGGCCGAGCGCUCGGCCGGGCGGGAGCUCAGGAUGCUCGGGCAGCGCCGCGGGCCGGGCGGGCGCGAUGGAGCCGCCUGAGGGCUGGGACCCCUACGGGCGGCCGGCCCGGCGCACGCAGUGGCUGGUCAGCGCCCUCGCCUACCACUACGGGCUGGACCGCGGCGUGGAGAACGAGAUCGUCGUGCUGGCCACCGGCCUGGACCAGUACCUGCAGGAGAUCUUCCACCGCUUGGACCGCGCCGGUUCGGGCCGCAUCCCCGGCGAGGACUUCCGCACGCUGUGCCAGGUGCUGGGGCUGGAGGAGGCGGCGGAGCCCGAGGAGUGCGCGGAGCUGUGGGACGGGCUCUCGGCCGAGCUCACCUUCCGCCAGUUCCACGCGCGGCUCUGCGGCCACUUCAGCACCCGCGCGGGGCCGCGGCUGCCGCUGGGCCGGGAGAGCGAGCACAUCGAGACCCAGAUCCGCCUGCGCAGCCCCCGCCGCCGCAGCGACCCCGCCGGCCGCGGAGCCGCGGGCAGCGCCGAGCGGCGGCCGCCGGGGCCCCGCUCCCGAGAGUGCUACGAGGAGAUCGUGGCGCUGGAGCAGGCCGAGGACCGCAUGGCCAAGCUGGAGGAGGAGAACGGCAGCCUGCGGGAGCUGGUGGAGGACAUGCGCGCCGCCCUGCAGAGCAGCGAUGCGCGGUGCCUGGCGCUGCAGGUGGGACUGUGGAAGAGCCAUGCCAGCCAUAGAGAAGGAGGAUCCUGCUUCAUAGGGAGGAAGAGACCAUUAACACAGAAGCACUCCCAGACCAAGUGCCUCCAAAGUGUCCUGGAGGAAAUGGAGCUCAUGCGGAGCUCCAGGGAUGGGCAGAUUGAAGAAGCCAUCAGGUUCAGCCAGGAGCUGGAGAAGGAGCUGAAGAGCUCUCAGGAAGCUCUGGUCAGCCUGGAAGAUUGCAACCGUAACCUGAAGAGGGAGCAGGCAGAGACGAGGAGGAAGGUGGAAGAGGCCAGACACGCUGUCCUGAACAGUCUUGGCAAAGUGAAGGAGCUGGAAGUGAGAGCUAAGGAGGUGCCACAUCUGCAAAUACACAUCCAGCAGCUGGAAUCACAACUGCAGCACUACAGGUAGGUUGGAGUCUGACAAAAAGUGCCUAUAAAUUCAGUGUUGGGGCACAGGUGAGUUUGAGAAUCUCUGGUUGGGGCUUAUUAGAUGUCUCCAGAACACCUUGUAAAAUCUGGCCAGAGGGAAAUUAGAAGCUGCUCAUCCAUUUUCUUGGUAGGGGUCUUUAGGAGAUCUAGCAGUCUUCCAGGCCAAAGGGUGCUGGUCUGCAGAGAGCUGAAGUCACUCCUCAGACACACAACAACAGAACUCAGCAUGCUAAUGCUUCAGGAAAGCCCCAACACAAAUUGCUGAACGUCCUUCAGAAACCAUUUCCAACAGACUUUUUCCGCUGCCUUUCCUGGUCCUUAGGUCCCAUCCCAAGCCAGCUGUAAUCAGAUGGCUGACUCUCCAUUUUGUAUAAAAGCUCUUCAGCUUGUCCUAGGAAUUGGGGAAAAGCACACAAGGACAACUUCUGGCUGCUGGUUGGAAACUUGCUGUGACUUCAUUGCUUCUUCACUGAGAGAACAGGUGAUAGAGGAGGGAAGCUGAAACGUUCCUAAACCCACAAAAUAAUAGAGUGGGAAUCUCAAAAAACACUUGCCAACUAAACCCCACUUUUGCAACGGCAUAAACAAAUCCUUCCAGAAGUCAGAAAGUUGGUCACAAAUUUAAUAGUCCACUGCUUUUGUUGCUUUUAACCUCAGACCAAACUUGGACUCACCGAUGGUUAUUAAGUGUUAGUCAUUUCUGCCCAAGUUCCAGACUGACCUAAGGAAUAAAAUCUAGUUUAUAUUUUCACUGACCCAAAGAAAAUCAGUAUGUCUAGACAUAUUUUUACUUACACGCUAAAUCUAGUAUUUUAAUAAAUUGCACCUUCUGAAGUCCUUGCCUCUUCCUAAACUCACACUUCCUCUGUUUGCUUAUAAGAAGAAUUCAUAGUGAGUUAUUUGUGGCAUCCUAGCUAUUGUAGUGUUUUAUGAAGUGAGGAAGUUCUAAAAAGAACCAUUUUAUCCAGUGUCUUUCUGGCAGCAUUGUGAAUGUUAAUACAUGCAUGGUUGCAGAAGAUCAAAGAAAAUAGAAGCAUUUCUUUAAACACCUGUAGGAUUUAAAAACCCCUGCGAGGGCAUGUAACGUUCAAGGUGACUGUCAGGGGACUCUGGAGGAAUGACACAACUCCUGGUGCUAAAAGGGAUCACACAGCUUGUCAGGGCUGUCACCUUCUCCUUGGCAUGGGCACCAAAGGUUUAAGAUGGGUUCUUGUCCUAUGGAAUUGCUUUUCCAAAGUACCAUGAAGGAUAAAAAAGAUCACCUUGAAACAGGUUAAAGGCAAUCAACAAUGUCCACUGGCCUUGCAGAACAGGAACUUCAUGGGUUACAUCAAAACAAAGAGUGCCAGUUUAGAAAUGUAAAUUAUAUGUUCCUUGUAAGACAACCUUCAUUUGUAAUACUUCUUUUUUAAUUGCAUGCUAAUUUAAAGUGAGUGUCAAGCUCAGGAAUGGUGCUGGACUGACCAUGUGGGAACUACACCCCUUUUUUAGCCCUGUAGCACAUUUAGCAGAGGCCCAGGCCAGCUUUCAGCCUCUGAGAUUCUCUGUUGGCCACAAAGCACCUGCACCUCCCCAUCCAGUGAAACAGCUCUUGGUGCAAACAGUUUAACUUAGAGAUGCAUAAUGGUAACUGGGACUUGCAUGCCUGUGCUCAUAUUCCAUAACACAGGGAAUCCCACCACUCCACGUGUUCCCGGAGUGGCACACAAGGGGCCCAAACGGGCACAAAAUGGUGAAUAAGUGGGUGCAGAGCUGUGUGUUAGGGUGAGGAAAGGGUUCAGCAGCAGCUCUGCCCCACGCAGCCUUGGCUGUCCCAGCUUGUCCCACUCCCUCUGCUUGCUCACGCUGCUGCUCAGGCAGCCCAAACGCCUCCUGCUGCGAGAGAAUCACCUUCUCCUGACCUGCAGGAGCCCACAUCCAUGGGUGUGGCUCGGGUGAGCUGCUGGGAGUGCUUGGUGAGGGGAAGAGAUGGGUUGGCUGAGGCAUGGAGAGGGAGGGACAGCUGGGAAUCCACAGGGUUCUGGCUGUCACUUGGCAAGAGUAUCACUUGUCCUGUUGCUUAAGUCAGGCUGUCUUUUGGUUGCUGUUACCUGUACUGUUAAAGUCUGCCUGUGUUUCAGUCACCUUUCCAGUGAGCAGUUUUCUCCCCUGCCAGCUGUCACACAGAGUUUGUGAGCAGGGUCUGCAGUUGGCAAGAGCUAAUGCUGCAAGGUAGGGCUGGAGAGGAAUGGGGGGAUUUGGGUGUUCUGCAGAAAGCACUGACAAUUGCAGGUAUCUCUGCUGAGAAUUCACCCUAUCUGGCUUGGUGAGCCACAGGUUUCCUCCAGCUAAAGUCCAGUUUCUUCCAGAGAGGAUCAUAUUCAAGAAUGACUCUAAUCUAUGAGCUUUACACACUGCUCCUGUUUAUAGUUUCAUAUUUAUCAAGGAAAUGCUUUCUUCGUUUAGGAUCAGAUUUUAAAAGCUCUUUUAGCAUCUAAAUCCCUCUUCUAGACCUUCAUCAACUUGCAAUCACUUAGAUCUGAAAUCCCAACCGUGCCCUUAAGUUAUAAUCCCCAAUGCAGGAAACAACAGUUUGCAUUUAGUCAAGCAAGUCUUUAAGUACCUGCAAGUGAUUAAAUGUUGUCCUAAAUUGGAGUGUGUAAUUAUAAUCACCUAUUCCUGAUUUCAUAUUCCAGAUUCAUAUUCCUGCAAUCUGUAUGACUUAAACAUGAUCUUUUUCGGAGUGCACAGGUUCCUGUGCCAGGGCUUGAACUGCCCCUGUCCCAUCACUGGGUUCCUAAACCAGCCUAGUUGACCAAAUAGUUCAUCGUUCUUUUCUUCAGGUGCCCAUCCUGAUCUUCCUACUCUGAUGAAUGUCUCAGGUUUCUGUCUGGACUAUCUUUCAGCUUUUCUUUUUUGAUUCCUGUAAAGUUAGUGAGUCAGUUCAACUAUAAAGGUAAACCUCAAUAAAUUCCUUCCUGAAAAGCUGGAGUUCAAUUCAUUUCAGAGGAAAAAGACAUCUCAAGAAAUUGUAUACUUACCAUUGGUAUUGUAUCAAAAGUGUGUAAUUGCCAGCGCCUGAUGCCUGUGGGUGGCCAGAGUGAAUGAAUGUCAGUCAGGGAGGAAUUCGCUGCACUUUCCAUAUUCGACACCUUAAAAGCAUCUGUUAUUUUAUGUCUUUACUGAAUGUAACUGUAUAAAAUAAAACUUUU